UGACGCGAAAACAUAUUAUUAUAACAUAUAUUUCCAUUCCUUUCCUCCCUCCAAAGGUUUAACUGGGGUGUAGGCUUAGUUAUAAAGUACAUGGUAUGCAAAGCAGCUGAGCAGUUCGAGGUUCCAGGUUCGAAUCGCACUUAUGUAAUGCAAAGCAACUGAAAGCUGAGAGGUCCAAGGUUCGAACGCAAUGGAGAAUCAAAGAAGCAGAGGCAAAGCUUUAGGGCUAAGGCUCCCGACUGUUCCACGAGAGGACCUCUUCGGUGGAGGUCCGAGGCCGCUGCCGCUCCCGCCACCGCCUGCUUCAAGACAGCCUUCCAAUUCAAACCCUCAGGAGGCCAAUUCAAGAGAAGUAAAUGAUGCGGCGGACCUGGAGAAAGUUGAAAUCUUAGGGUAUGGUGCCGGCGGCAAAGUGUACAAGGUCCGGCACAGGCGCACGCAGUGCCUGUACGCCCUAAAGGUCGUGCACGGCAACCAUGAUCUGUCCACCAGGCGCCAGAUCCUGCGGGAAAUGGACAUUCUCCGGCGAACGGAUUCCCCCUAUGUUGUGAAAUGCCAUGGCGUUUUCGACCGCGGCGGCGAGAUCCAGUUCGUGCUGGAGUAUAUGGACAGGGAUUCCCUCGACAAGCGCCGUACGCCGCGGCUUUCCGAGCCCUUUCUGGCCGAGGUUGCACGGCAGGUCCUCCAUGGCCUCAAGUACCUUCACGGCCAAAAGAUUGUGCAUCGCGACAUAAAGCCGUCCAAUCUUUUGCUCAAUUCCGAGCAGCAAGUCAAGAUCGCGGAUUUUGGCGUGAGCCGGAUCUUGUCCCGAACCCUAGAUCCCUGCAAUUCGUAUGUAGGGACUUAUGCUUACAUGAGUCCUGAGAGAAUCGAUCCGGACGAGAAUGAUGGACAUUAUGACGGCUACGCAGGGGAUAUCUGGAGCCUCGGCCUGACGCUUCUGGAGUGCUACAGCGGACGUUUUCCAUUUUCAUCCUCUGGUUCGCAGCUAGACUGGCCGACUCUCAUGGCGGCCAUCUGUUACGGCGAGCCGCCCCUGCCGCCUCCUUCUGCUUCCCCUGACUUUCAGAACUUUAUUCGCUGCUGUCUGCGAAAGGAGGCUGCUCAGCGCUGGACGGCGGCGCAGUUGUUGUCUCACUCUUUUAUUUCCAGAGCUGCUCCUCUGUCACUUUAAAAAUGGCUUCCAUUUAUGCUUCUGACAUAAUUCUUUCGCCAUUUCUGAACUGAUGAUUAAUGGCAGUUUGUUCUAUUGGAAGACUGUUUGGCGGCCCUGUUUUAUUCCCACUGGUUUAGACUCGUGAGUGAUUUGAUUUGAUUUGAUUUGAUUUAGCAGUAAGAAAUUUUUAGGGGAGGGUUUCAAUCAUUUCCUAGAUUUAGGAGUGGUUCGAAUUAUAGAUGGGGAGUGUGAUCUGAAACAUUGAUGAGAGAAAACUUUUACACAAUCUAAUUCAGAAACAAUAUAUAGAAUAUAGAAAUCUAAUGCUGUUAAUGUUAUAAGAGAUUCAAUAUCCAAUGAUCGUUGGUUCUCUAUUUGACAAUACGUAUCAAUAAUAUGAUCUUUGGUUCUCUAUUUGACAA